GGGUACAGUAAGCAGUAGCUGUUUGCUGUUUAGUGUUUACCAGGUGUACUAAAUACAUUUUCUUUAUCCGUUGUGUCGCUUGAGUUCGAUUCGUUUCUCAUGCUUUCAUACUGUAUUUUCCAUUGAUGAAUAUUACUUAUUUACUUGAUUAAUUAAUUGAUCUCGAAGACACGUAAGCCUUCUGGUUCCUCGGACAGUUUAUUUAUUGAUGCUGAAAUUGUUUCGAUGUGCUGAUAUGAUCAGUGGAAUUCCGAAGUUGUUGAAGGUUAUAAUAUGGUAAUCAUAUUGAAGAAAUAAAUGAUUGUUAAUCUGAUAAAAACGCAGAAACUAAAAUGGAUUUAAAUUCAUUAAAAGAUCCUCACAAUUCACGUUGUAACAUUAGUCCAUUAAAUGACAACAGUAAUACAAGUGGUACAAAUGUUACCAAAUUAAAUGAAUCUACUUUAGUUAAACUAGAACAAAAAGAAAUUAAACAUUUUGAAAUUGAUGAUGAUGAUGAUGAUGAUGAUGACUGUGUUGUAUUAUCUGAACAACAGGUGCCAGUAAAGCAAAUGAUAGCAACUACCUCUGUAGUUAAUGUGCCUAAACUAAUUAAAAUCAAUAAACAUCCUCACUACAUAAAAAGUUCAUCGGAUAUCAGUAAUAAUACAAGUGGUACAAAAGUUACCAAAUUUAAUGAAUCUAUUUCUACUAAACUUCAAGCUCAAGACACUGGAAAUGUUAAAAUUAGAGAUAAACAUGAUGUUGAAAUAUCUAAACGACAGAGGCCAGUAAAUCAAAUUAUGGAAACUACUUCUGUUAUAAAUGAAAACAAUCUUCACAAAAUUAGUAGUUCAUUGGAUAACAGCAAUAGUAGGACUGAUAAAGAAAUUAUCAAAUUAAAUGAAUCUACUUCAACCAAAGUACAAGAACGAAAAAAAACCGAACAUUUUAAAGUUGGUGAUAAAAAUGUUGUUGAAACAUUUAAUCAACAAGUGCCAAUAAAGCACACGAUUCCUACUGCAUCUGUUAUUAAAUCACCUACUAUAAAUGUAAAGGAUAUAAAUUUUCGUAAAUCUCAUAUGGAAUUGAGUAAUUUAGUGAAAAUUAAUAAUAAAAAACGUAAUAUAGAAGUUGCUAAAUUAAAUAAAUCUACUUCAACUAAAGUAUAUGAACAAAAAACACCUGUAAAUUUAAGAAUUCUUGAUAAUUUUAGUAAUUAUGAAAAAUCUAAACUGAUUCCAUAUGAGAAAGUUAUUAAAACUUCUUUUGUUAUUAAUACACCCAAAAAAAUUCCAAAUAAAAUAUUUGUAAAACCAAACAAUUUUUCUUUAAAUUUAGAAAAAAUUGCUGUUCCAAAAACAGUUAUGUCUAAUGUGAAAACGCUACCUUCAUUUAUGUCUAGCCAAAUUAAAAAGCCAUCAACAAUCUCCAUACCUUCAACUACACACAUCAAUCCAAAAAAACCAAUUAUUACAAGAUUGCAACCAAAGUUAAAUCCUGUUAAUAUUACAAAUAAUAAAUGUGUUUCAACAUCAAAACCCGGGUUCAAAAUAAUAUCUUCAAAUGAUCUCAAGUCAAAAAUGGUUCUAUUUCCACAAAAUAAAGGUAAAUAUGUAUUAACAAAUAUAGAUAAUAGAAAAGUUACAAAUUUUCCAUCUUAUAUUUCUACUUCACCAAUGUCAAAACCAUCAAAUUCUAUAAUACCAGUUACAGUCGCUGAAAAGUUUAAUACUGUUGAAAAACCAAAAAUUAAAAAUAUUAAAUCAAAAUUUGUUGUUAGCUUCAAAGCAUUUCAAAAUCAAAAAUUCAAAGCUUUACCGAUUGAAAAAAACAUUGUUUUCAAAAAAUUCAUUAAUUUAUUUAAAUCAAACGUUAAAUUUCAACCUAUACAACAGAGUUCUACAAAUUCAUUUAUUAGAAAACAAAAAAGAAAACUUAAACCUCAUACAGAUUCAUCUAGUUCUAAAAUAAUUAAGAUUGACUUAAGUACUACAGAGUCUGAACAUAAUCAGCAUGAAAAAGAACUAUCAUUAAACAAAAAUAAAAAUUUAACUGAUUUUGGUAAUUUAAGUAGACCGAUAAAGCAUAUACCCCAUACUAUUACCAGUAAAGAUGUAAUAAAAAAUCAUACAAAUAUGGUUAUUAUAAAUGAUAAAACUAAAAUAAAUACCAAUGUUAAAAAAAAUUUGUGCCCUGUGCCUGGGUUUAUUCAACUAUCAUCAAAACCUGAAUCUCUAAUCAAAACAUAUGGUCAAUCUACAAAAUAUGGUAAUUUUACUACUAAAGAACCAAACACUGUAAGAUUAGUACAUUUUAAUUCUAUUAAUCAAUCAAAAACAAAAUUGAAUGCUAAUGUUCAUGGAGAUGGUAAACAUGUAUUAGUACAAUUUUUAAAAAACAAUAAUAGUAAUUCAAAUAGUACUAUUGCUAAAGUUCCUACUGAUAAAAUGUUGAAAAUAAUUCCUAAUAAAGUUCAUGUGCCACAAUAUCAAAAAAUUAAUACAGCAACUAAUGAAAAAAAUAUGAUUUAUCCUCAUGUAUCAUUCUUGGAACCAUGGAAGAGAAGUUCAAAGUCAAAUACUCAUGCUAAAACCUCAAGAAUGACAAAAUCAGUUCCCGUUAAAAUGAUUAUGCCAAAAAUUUCACAAACAGGUGUGAGUGGUCCAUUUAAUCAAUGUGAAUAUGAAUAUUGUGAUACAAUAGCAUACAAACCUGAAAUGAUAGAUUAUAAGUAUUGUAGUUUAGUGUGUAAAAGUUUAAAUACUAAACUAAUGAUAGCUACACAAAAGCCAAAACCUAUUGCUGCUGCACAACCACAAGAAAAUACAGAUUUAUCAAAAAAACCUGUGAUUGAUCGAAAAAUGCUUUUAGCAAAAUUGAGAAGUAGAAUUAAUAAAAGAAAGCAAAGCUUACCAUCUUUUCAAAAAGAAAAUGUGUCUGGUCAUGAUUUGGAUCAAGUUGAACAACUUAAUAAGAUGGCUUUAAAAAUGCCACCACCUGCAAUACCAAUAACUGUAAACCAUUCUUUACCAUAUAAAAGAAAAUUUUUUAACCUAAAUGAAGCUUCAGCAGUUGUUCAAAAUUGUAAACAAGAAACUGCAAAAAUAUUUAGCUAUUUGCAACAUACUGAUUAUAUACCUGCUCCAAGAAAAUUGUUUGAUAAUCCCUUUCCACAUGAUUCUAACCCUUUUAAAAUUGGACAAAGAUUAGAAGGUAUUGAUCCAGAACAUGAAGCAUUAUUUUGUGUAAUGACUGUAGUGGAAGUUUGUGGAUAUCGCAUUAAGUUAAAUUUUGAUGGCUAUUCAGAUAUAUAUAAUUUUUGGGUAAAUGCAGAUUGCCCGGAUUUGUUUUUUCCUAGAUGGUGUGAACAAAACUCUCGCACUUUACAACCACCAAAGAAUUAUAAUCAACCAUUUAAGUGGACUGAUUACCUUAAAAUACCAGGUGUUAUGCCUGCUCCAAAAUGGAAUUUUCCUAAUGCCUUAAAUACUAAUCGUAUCACUAAUCAUUCAUUUCGUAUUCGAGCGAAACUAGAAGCAUUAGAUAAAUUAACCCGCACAACAUCAAAGCCGCUUAUAUGUGUUGCUACUGUUGCUGAUAUUUUGGGGAAUCGUAUACGUAUUCAUUUUGAUGGUUGGGCAGAUGAUUUUGAUUACUGGACAGAUAUCACAUCAACUAAUAUACAUCCAGUUGGAUGGUGUGAUAAGAAUGGACGUUCUUUAUGUCCACCUAGUGGUUAUGAUAAUUGCAAAGGAAAAAAACCUUUUUCUUGGGCUAAUUACUUAAAAGAAACCAAUAGUGAGCCUGUACCAGAAGAUGCAUUUUUUCGCAGACCAUUACGAGAAUUUACUAAUAGCAUGGCUAUUGAAGUAGUUGAUAUUGCUAAUCCUUCAUUAAUUAGAAUUGCUAAAGUAGUAGAUGUUAAAGGAGAUGAACUUAAAAUACUUUAUGAUGGAUUCGAUACCAUAUAUGCAUACUGGAUUGAAGAUGACAAUCCAAAUAUACAUCCCCUUGGAUGGUGUUUAAAGACCAAUCAUCCAAUUGAGCUAUUUAAAGCGAACUCAAUACUUUGGACUUGUAGAGUUCCUGGUUGUAAUGGUAAAGGCAAUGUAAAUAAUUCCAAAAAUACUCAUGUAUUAGCUAAAGAUUGUCCAUAUGAAUUUGAGUCAUGGAAAAAAUUAAUUUCUGGGUUAGCAAUUAAACCUGAUAGGAUAAAACCUGAGGACUAUCUAAUACCUUCAGUUCCGAGUUUUUUGGAACCUGUAAGUACUGUUGCACCAAAAGAAGAUAAAAAAAAAGGAAAAUUGAAGUCAAAUAAAAUAAAAAUCUGUAAUUUUAAGAAACCUACAAAAAAAUUCAGUAACAGAUCAAAAAUGAAUUUUAAAAAGAAGGUACCUAACGGUCGAUCUAAAUGUGUUUAUAAAAGAGCUGUUGAUGCAAUGGACGAAUUAGAUGUAAUCAUAGGUGUCAAUGAUUAUACCAGUUAUGGUUAUGGUUCUUUUAAACGCCCAAGGCUUAAUGUAUGGACCAGGCAUAGCGUUCUACAAGGUGUACCAAUAUUUAAUACUACUGAUGUGAGAAAAUGGCCUGUAAGAGAAGUAGCUACUUUUGUCGAAAUAGUAGUGUCUAAUAAUUACACAGAUGAUGAUCCCUCUGAUCGAAUCAAAAUAUCUAAAUCUUUUAUUAAUCAGGAAAUUGAUGGUGAUGUAUUUUUGAUGUUAACUCAAAAAGAUUUGAUGGAUAUAUUAAACAUUCCUCUUGGUCCAGCACUAAAACUGCAUAAUGCCAUUGUAGUGUUAAGACAACGAACUUCUACAUUAGAUGUUGUAAAUGGACUGUCAAAACUAAAACAAAAAUAAGUUUAACUGUUUUACUACAAAAUUUUAUUUAAUUUCUCAUAUUGUAUUAUUAUUAUUAUUUUAAAAUGUUUAGUACUUUAUUGUGUAUUUUAAUUUGAUACCUUUUUUUUUAAAAAAGCAUUUAUGUAUUUCUCGCGAUUGAUAAUAGUUACUUAUAUUGAUAAUAGUUGUGUAGCUGUGUAAGAAACUUAAUAUAUAUAAAAGUUGGACUUCAGCAUUUUUAGAUGUAGAAUACAUAAUAUGCAUUAAU